CAGAACUUUCUUCCGCCCGGCGGGCGGCGCCUAGAGCCGGACGACGGGUCUGAGCUGCUUGGAAAGGGACGCGGAGAGGCGCCGGGGAGCCGGGACUUCUCCGGAAGGGCGCGCGCUCGUCCCCAGCCCGCCCUGGCCAGGUACCCGCCGGUCCCCGGCUCUGCGGACCAGGUGCCCCCUGUCUUUGCCCGAGGCCCCGCCAUGGCCCAGCAGAGAGCCCUGCCGCAAAGCAAGGAGACGCUGCUGCAGUCUUACAACAAGCGGCUCAAGGAUGAUGUCAAGUCCAUCAUGGACAACUUCACUGAGAUCAUCAAGACCGCCAAGAUUGAGGACGAGACGCAGGUGUCGAGGGCCACUCAGGGCGAGCAGGAUAAUUACGAGAUGCACGUGCGAGCCGCCAACAUCGUGAGUCACCAGGUGGAGGGGACAGCCCGGGCUCCAGGAACCUUGUGGUCCCCACUGGGGUUCCCUGGGUGGGGGGCAAACCACUUCUCAGGAGACUCCGCUCGAGAGGAGGGCUGUCCACGGCAGCCGCGUAAGGGGCUGGCAGGUAGCCGGCCACGGCCAUCCUGUCGAGUGCUGGGCGGUGGUUGGAAAGAGGUCACCCCUUCCUCGCUGAAGGUUCUUUACAAGUGCGGGAAGCAAAUGGCCAGAUGAAACGGGACGUGCAUUUUGAUCCCUUUCGAUGUCACAGAACAAGCAGGGCAACCAAGUAUUUCCAUAGGUCUGUGCCCCCGGAUGAAAAUGCACAGGACAAGGUCCUAAAGGAAUCCCCCCCCACAACUGGCAGAUGUGCUGCACCUGAGGAAGAGCAGGGCAGGAGGUUGAAUGGGGUGGUAGUUGGAUCUGGGGUUCGAGGUUUUGAGAAGCAGAAUGUGUGCUUGAAUAGCACGUGAGCUUGGUGAUCGUAUCAGCAGGAGCAGAAGGCAGAGGCCAGGGGCGCAUGGGGACUGGGGGGCUGACGGCACCUGCCUUGGUGCCAGGGACCCUGCCUC